UUGUACACACUUAUAUUCAAGUUCACGAUACAGUUAUACCCUUCUGCACUCACUCAGGUCCUCAGCCGGGUACCAGACCGACCAAACAACAGCAAUCCAAAAUGUCCGAGAAGCUUCCAUUCAAAGUUGCUGAUAUCAGCCUGGCUGAGUGGGGCCGUAAAGCCAUCGAGAUAGCCGAGAAUGAGAUGCCUGGUCUGAUGAAGAUGAGGGAGCUUUACGGCAAGUCCAAACCUCUGAAAGGCGCACGCAUUGCAGGCUGCCUGCAUAUGACCCUACAGACUGCCGUGCUCAUUGAAACCCUUACUGCACUGGGAGCCGAGGUCCAGUGGUCCAGUUGUAACAUAUUCUCCACUCAGGAUCAUGCAGCAGCAGCCAUUGCUAAAUCUGGCGUUCCAGUGUAUGCCUGGAAGGGAGAGACAGAUGAGGAAUAUGUGUGGUGCAUUGAGCAGACUAUUUACUUCAAGGACGGUCAACCCCUCAACAUGAUCCUGGAUGACGGUGGUGACCUCACCAAUCUGGUGCACCAGAAAUACCCCAAACUGCUUGCAGGAAUCAAGGGUAUCUCUGAGGAGACCACCACUGGUGUUCACAACCUCUACAAGAUGUUAAAGAAGGGAGAACUCAAAGUUCCUGCAAUUAAUGUCAAUGACUCUGUUACCAAGAGUAAGUUUGACAACCUGUACGGCUGCCGUGAGUCUUUGAUUGACGGCAUCAAACGCGCCACAGAUGUGAUGAUUGCUGGUAAGGUGGCAGUGGUUGCCGGGUAUGGUGAUGUCGGUAAGGGCUGCGUUCAGGCACUGCGGGGGUUCGGUGCAAGAGUCAUUGUCACAGAGGUCGAUCCCAUCAAUGCUCUGCAGGCGGCUAUGGAGGGCUAUGAAGUGACCACCAUGGAUGAGGCCUGCAAGGAAGGAAACAUCUUUGUGACCACAACUGGCUGUGAGGACAUUCUGCUCAGCAGACAUUUUGAGCACAUGAAGGAUGAUGCCAUCGUUUGCAACAUUGGCCACUUCGACUGUGAAAUCGACAUAAAAUGGCUCAAUGAACAUGCAGUUGAGAAAAUCAACAUCAAACCUCAGGUUGACCGUUACCACAUGAAAAAUGGACGUCACAUCAUUGUUUUGGCAGAGGGGCGUCUGGUGAAUCUGGGCUGUGCCAUGGGCCAUCCGAGCUUUGUGAUGAGCAACUCAUUCACCAAUCAGGUGCUUGCCCAAAUUGAGCUGUGGACCAACACCAGCAAAUAUCCAUUGGGUGUCUACUUCCUGCCCAAGAAGCUUGAUGAGGAGGUAGCUGCCGCUCACUUGGACAAGCUCGGCGUCAAACUGACCAAACUUACAGAGAAGCAAGCCAAAUACUUGGGUCUGCCCUCCGAAGGUCCCUUCAAACCAGACCACUACCGCUACUAAGAAGCUUUGACCAAUCGCAGCUAGAAGGGACUACACAAAUGGUUUUGUACCAACGUUGGCAGUUCUGCCAGUUACCAGUGGUAAUAGUGCUUUAACGUGUCUCUCACUCUUAUCAUGAGCGCCUGCAAGCUCUCACCAACACCUUUCUCAUUGAUAUCAAGUGCAAAGCAAACCUGUGACCAUAUUGUCACUGUAAUGUUUGCAUUCCCUGUUUUAUUUAACGGUUAUGUUAAGAGAACCAAAUCCUGCCACUAGGCAUUUGAAUUGGUGCCCCUCUGGAACGAUUUGUUUCCUCCAUGCCUUACAAUUGAUUCACAGUUUGUCAGGUAAUUCUCUUUCAAUUGAGAGAGGCUUGCCAUUUUGGCCAUGCAGAGUUUUUGUAAAUCCAUUUAAGGAAUGAAAAUGUUGAAUAAAAAAAUAAUGAUUUCUCCAUAUGUUAUCAACUGUCAGUGUUAGCAGGCUGUGUGAGUCAUGUUUUUGAAGCUUUCUGAAGUCUUAUUUUAUUACAUCUACUUGUUAAGACCAGAUUAAAUAAAUAUGUGGUAUUUCACUUUA